AUCUGGUCGAUUUUAUUAGCUAGGGACUUGAAUUUGUUGUGUAUUUCGCAAAACUUCCUGACAACAAAUGCACGUUAUUAUGUAUUCGGGGCGUCGCAACAGCGGGCACGCCAUUCGUCACCACGCGAUAAAGUGUGUAGCUUCUGAUCCAGAAACCUACUUAUAGCCAUCUGGUUGGCUAUAAGUAGCAAGUUGGUAGUACCGAUGUUUGUAGCUUCUCACAGUUUAUCAAUCUCUACAUGCCAGAAUGAUCAGAAAAGAAAGUUACUUCACUCAUUUCGCCUGCAUCCUACAGUAUGUGUAAGUUCUCAUUACGCAAAGGAUAGUGGAGCCGGAGAGGUCGUCAAGUUGACGUGUAAAGUUGUCAUGGUCGUGUGCAAGCUCACAACAUCGACGUCAUCAUCGUCAAGCAUGCAUGCGGUUUGCGCACGUUGGUUGUCUAAAGCCACACAAAGCAAUUUUCCUUGCUAUUUCGCGACAAGGCGCUGAUCCUUUGACAAAAACUGAUGCGACGUGAGUGUGAUAUAAAAUUUGCCCACAAGAUUGGCUGUUUCUACUUUCGAUAUAAGCUUUGAAUCAUAAGCGUUACAGCUUGGUAUAAGUUGUUUUGUGCAGUUGCGUGUGAGAAAUCCAUCGCAAAAACGCACUGUGAGUAUACAGCACUCUAUAAUUGAAAUGAGCA